UCAUCCGUGGGUUAUAAAGGCAGAGUGGAGCUCAAGGCUGCUGCUACAGUGUUACGAAGGUUAACCGCCACAAUGGGUAAGAUCAUCUUCUACGAGGACAGGAACUUCCAGGGGCACUCAUACGAGUGCAGCAGCGAAUGCUCCGAGCUGCAUUCCCACUUCAGCCGCUGCAACUCCAUCAAAGUGGACAGCGGUGACUGGAUGGUCUAUGAGCGACCCAGCUACAUGGGCUACCAGUACUUCCUGAAGAAAGGCGACUAUUCAGACUACCAGCGCUGGAUGGGAUUCAACGACUGUGUGCGAUCCUGCCGUAUGAUCCCUAUGCACCAAAGCUCUCACAGAAUGAUGAUCUACCAGCGCCCAGAGUUCGGAGGCCAGGUGAUGGAGCUGACCGACGACUGUCCCUCCCUGAACGAACGCUUCCACUUCAACGACAUCAACUCCUGCAACGUGAGGGACGGUCACUGGAUCUUCUACGAGCAUCCCAACUACAGGGGGCGCCAGUAUCUGAUGAGCCCCGGUGAAUACAGGAGGUUUAACGAGUGGGGAAGCUCCACUUCCAGGGUGGGAUCCAUCAGACGUGUCAGCAUGUGAGGAAAGCUGACUCCAGACACUGUUUAUGUGAAGUACCGUCAAUAAAUCGAUCCAAUAACCACUA